CCGGGAGUUUUUUUCACGCCUGCGCUUAAAGUGUCAAGAUGGCGGAUAGUGCGGAACUGAAGCAAAUGCUUUUGAGCCUUAGAGUUUCAGAACUCCAAGUACUUCUGGGUUACGCUGGACGGAAUAAGCAUGGACGCAAACAUGAACUUCUAACUAAAGCACUACAUUUGUUAAAAGCAGGCUGCAGCCCAGCAGUACAAAUGAAAAUUAAAGAACUAUACAGACGAAGGUUCCCACAGAAAAUUAUGACAUCUGCAGACCUCUCAGUUUCAAGUGUUCACUCAACAACAGGCUCUAUGUCAAGUAGUUUGUCAUCUGCUAUUUCACAGCUAAGUUAUGAUGGACAUUCGCCAACGUCACCACUGCUCUCUCUUCCUCUCCUGGGAUCUAAGCAUAGCUUAGAGGUACCACAUAUUACAUCCUCUCUUCAUCCAGUCCAUCCCGACAUAAAGCUUCAGAAAUUGCCCUUUUAUGACGUGUUGGAUGAACUAAUAAAACCGACUAGUUUAGUUUCAGAUAAUAGCCAACGGUAUCAAGAAACUUGUUUUGCAUUUGCGUUGACACCACAACAAGUCCAGCAGAUUAGCAGCUCAAUGGACAUCUCUGCAACGAAGUGUGAUUUCAUGGUCCAGGUCCAGUUAAGGUUUUCUUUAUCAGAAACUAGCUGUUCACAAGAAGAUAAUUUUCCACCUAAUGUAUCUGUAAAAGUGAAUGGAAAGCCAUGUAGUCUUCCUGGCUAUCUUCCACCUAUGAAAAAUGGAGUUGAACCAAAGCGACCAAGCCGUCCUGUUAAUAUUACCUCAUUGGUCCGAUUAUCAACAACAGUACCAAAUACAAUUGUUGUUUCGUGGACAUCUGAAAUUGGAAGGAAUUAUGCUUUGGCAGUCUAUCUUGUGAAGCAGUUGUCAUCUGCUGUUUUGCUACAGAGGCUACGAGCAAGAGGAAUUCGAAAUCCUGAUCAUUCUAGAGCAUUAAUAAAAGAAAAGUUAACAGCAGAUCCAGACAGUGAAGUUGCUACAACCAGUUUAAGAGUUUCACUUUUAUGUCCGCUGGGCAAGAUGCGAUUAUCUGUCCCAUGUCGUGCAAUAACAUGUACACAUUUGCAGUGUUUUGAUGCAACACUGUAUAUCCAGAUGAACGAAAAGAAGCCAACGUGGAUAUGUCCCGUGUGUGAUAAGAAAGCCCCAUAUGAACAUCUCAUUAUUGAUGGAUUGUUUAUGGAAAUCCUCAACUGUUGCACAGAUUGUGAUGAAAUACAGUUUAAGGAAGAUGGGUCCUGGUCUCCAAUGAGAUUGAAAAAAGAGGUACAGGAGGUAUCCACGUCAAAUGGAGUGGAUGGUAGCUGCAUAACUGCCUCUUCUGAACAUCACAUAUCUAGCCUGCAUUCAGACAAAUCUAAAAAAGUUGAACUCAUUGAUUUGACACUGGAGAGCUCAUCUGAUGAUGAUGAAGAACCUUCUGCAAAGCGCAGCUGUCCUUCUGUAUCCCCCGCAUCACCCUCAGUAAACAGCAAAACGGUACUGAAUCUGCAUCACCAGCCAUCCUCAGGUACAAGAACUCCCAGCAUACCAGCAAUAGACACAAACUACAUCAGCCCACCACUGAUCCAAGACUACAGGACUCCAUUCCAUUUGCCAGCAAUGCCAUAUGACUUACAGGGAAUAGACUUCUUUUCUUUCUUCCAAGGUGAUAAUCAGCAUUACAAUACAUCCCUUCUUGCUGCAGCAGCAGCGGCUGCAUCUGCAACAGAAGAUCAAGACCUUCUUCACUCUUCCCGUUUCUUUCCAUACAGUUCUUCUCAAAUGUUCUUAGAUCAGCUGAAUACAACAGGGAACAGUAAUACUCUUACACCACCCAGUAGUGGCAAUAGUGGCAGCAACAACAACAGUGCUUCUUCCUCCAACAGCUUAAGAGAAAAUCAUUCACACACAGUCACAAACCGAAGUAAUACAGACACUGCAUCAAUGUUCAGCACCAUAUCAGAUGUAAUUUCAUUGGACUGAUUUUCAGGGUAAAUGGACUUGCUGGUACAAAGCAGAGCAUUUUGUGCACAGUUUUAUCUUAUUCGGUUUUAAAGAUUAUAGAGGAUCUUUUUUUAAAAAAAAAAUCACAUGUACAGAGAACAGAAGUAUAUUUUCAGUUGUACUUUUGUAUAUAAACUAAAGACUGCUGGUUUGUUAAAUGAACUUCAGUUAUUUUUUGUGAAAACUGAAGAUUUUGCAUCACCACCACCAUGUGUCCUGUAAAAUUUAUGACUUGACUGAACGCAGAUGGCAUUAUUUUUCUCACAAAAACAUAUGUGGAUUAGGAUUUUUUUUUUUUGGUUUUGUUUUGUUUUGUAAUUGUAGCAGUCUUUCUUUAUAGGAUGAAUAUAGUUGUCAUUGGUGAAUGACAUUAGCCAUUUUGUCAGAUUAUUUUAUCCUUAAGUUAUAUAUAUCUAUAAAUAUAUUUAUGUAUAUAAUUAUAUAUUGUACCUGUCUUUCCUGGACUGUUCUUUAGUGUUCUCCCCUGCAGGAAGUCAGUUUGGGGAGUGCAUUAAAAUGCUAUUGCUGGUUUACUUUGUCAUACAGUUUGAUGACACAUGAAUACCGGUCCUGUUUAUGACAUAUAAAUGCUAAAACUUUAUUUCUAUUUAACAAGCCAACUACUGACAAGUCUGGUAAUAUGUAUUAGCAGAAAGUUGUAUAUGAUAGUGUACAACUUAUUUUUGAUACUUAUUCUGUAUUGGGUUACGUUACAAUGUAGCUGUUCUGAAUAAGUAUAAUAAUUUUAACUGUUUUUUUUCUUAAAAUAUAGCUGCAUCCCUGGAUACCUAUGUAAUUACAUUAAGGUAACCAAAAUGCCAUGCACACCACACUUUUAGAUAAUCUAGCUGAGUGGAUUAUAAAUCUACUUUCAGUUCUUUGCAUCAUUUUCUUCUGAGAAGGCCAGUCACAUGAAUGAUGAGAUAUGUUCCAUAGUUCCUUCCCCUUGUGCUUUAGAUCCUGUUUAAUACUUUGGUAUUUAAGACUGACUCCAUAAGCAUUUUUAAAUACAUGUUGACUUCUUCAAGCGGUGUUUUUCUUUUUGUCCUGAGACCCCCUUCUGAAUUUAUUGGUUAAUUUUUUUCCACUGGUUUUAAACCUAAGUAUAACAUAUCUCAUAUUUCAUUGAGGAAGUGUUUAAUUUAAAAAAAAGGUAAAGUAGUUAACAAAAUACUUAACAGCUCCAUUGCUACCACUGCAUCCCCAACAGAGAAAGUAUUCUCAAAGCUUUAAAUCCAUUUUGCUGUUUUGGAAACUAUAGAAUAAAACUUGAUUUCUGUUAUCA